CCGGGGAAGGUGCAGCAGCCGUCGUUAACGACCGCAAGUGGCGGGCAGCAGGAAAGAGCCGCCUAGUAGAUGACAGCAUGGUGAAAAGGCCUCGACAGUCAGCCUCUUCCCGUUAUUGGUCAGCGACGCGUUCCGAGUCCGGCAGACCCUUCAUGGCUGGUAAGGCCUCGACCUGUUCCUUUCAACAGCCCUUUCAUGCUGCCACCAUUGCUAAGGGCUGCAGCCUUCCUGCGGUGUCCCAGACACCCUACAUGUUGCGCGAUUCCCACCAGAAAUUUGUUCUCAAACCGACCUUUAAUUCCAUCGUUGAGGACUAGGGCUGGGUUCGCUACCAAGGCACCCAAAAAGUCAUCGUCGACUCAGGCAGCGAAGAGGCCUUCACCGGCUCCAGUAGUUCAGAAAACAACCCCUAACGCGCUGAAAAUACACGUACCACCACCACCGAGAGCUGGACCUUCGCAAGCAGAUGAAUUACCGAUUCUCCCUCCCAAAUCCGUCGGGAUCUGGCUCAUGAUAUCUUCGUCUUUGGUCCUUACUAUCGUGGUAGUCGGCGGGGUUACUCGACUCACUGAAUCUGGCCUCAGCAUCACAGAAUGGAACCCUAUAACCGGCAUGAUACCACCUCUAUCCCCCGAUGAAUGGGAAGUAGAAUUCACAAAGUACAAGGCUACGCCUGAAUUUCAUCUUCUGAACCAUUCCAUCGCCAUUGAAGAAUUCAAACGGAUCUUCUAUAUGGAAUGGGCCCACCGUGCUCUGGGACGAAUAGCCGGACUCGUAUUCGUGGGUCCCCUCGCCUACUUUGUGAUCAGACGCAAGAUCUCCCGCUCUCUGGCAGUGAAGCUCAGCGGAAUUGCCGCGCUGUUCGCUGCUCAGGGUUUGCUCGGAUGGUACAUGGUCAAAUCUGGUCUUGACCAGUCAUUAAUGGAAACCCCGGGCGCGGUGCCGCGAGUGUCGCAGUACAGACUAGCGGCACACCUAGGACUGGCAUUGGUCCUAUAUGCAGGGAUGUUCUCGACGGCCAUGAUCACGAUCAAGGAGUUCAAGUUUGCUCAGGGCGCGUCAUGGCAGGGUCAGAAGCUGAAGGCGUUUUCUGCGGCGCUCGCGUCGCCUAUGAUGAAGCGCUUGCAUCUGCAGACACGACUUUUGAGUGCUCUCAUUUUCUUGACGGCCCUAUCGGGUGCUUUCGUUGCUGGGCUGGAUGCCGGGCUUUUGUAUAAUGAGUUCCCCCUCAUGGGCGGACGAAUUGCUCCCCCAGUGGAUGAGCUAUUCAACCGCGAUUACUGCAAGUCGUCCGACGGUUUAGAUCUCUGGUGGCGUAACAUCUUCGAGAAUCCCACAACAGUGCAAUUCGAUCAUCGCGUUUUGGCAAUAACGACUUAUUUUGGCAUUGGAUGGCUUUGGCUCCGAUCGCGGAAACCUACUGUUCCUGUUGCUACUCGUCGUGCUAUCACAGCUGCCUUUGGUAUGGCGAACAUUCAGGCUCUGUUGGGCAUAACCACGCUCUGGUACCUGGUUCCCAUACCACUGGCAGCUAGUCAUCAGGCUGGAAGUGUUCUGCUGCUCAGCGCCAUGAUACAUGCCCUGCUAACAUUCAAAAAGCCCGGGGCAGCAGCUCAAGCUUGGAAGCUUUGGAAGUCCAAGGCCCAGCUGGCCGCAAUAGCCAGGAAAUAAUACCUACAUAGCACAUAGUAUAAUCAUACUCAAUCUCAGGACAACAGCGGAGAACAAAAAAUAUGAAUGUAUUGAUACAGCAUCGUUUACUCGGCCAUUUGCACGUCUUCGUCAGUUGUUGGUGCAGGGGCAUCUGUCUCCUUUGGUAUCAUAGUUUUAAUGAAGACAUCCACCUUUUC